CACGCGCGCUCCUGAGGCGGCGGGACAAGAUGGCGGCGGAGGGGCCGGAGGCUCCGGCCAGCCCCGGUCGUGGCGGCACCGAGGGAGCGCUGGGGGACGGCGGGGACGGAGCUACCGGAGCCCCCGCCCCAGAGCUGCCCCCCCCGGCCCCCAACCCCCCCCCAGAGGAGCCGAGCGAUGCCGCUGCCCCCCCUCAAGCCCCCCCCCUGCCGAGCUGCAAUGGAGCCACCGCCCCGCCAGAGCCCCAGGAGCCCCCCCCAGCUGUGGAGCCCCCCCAGGAGCCCCCCCCGGUGCCAGCUGAGGAGCCCCCCCCCACCUACCCCAUGGACUUUGAGAAGUUCUGGCUGGCGGCGCAGAGCAACCCCCACGACUUCACAGCCUGGACCGAGCUGCUGCAGUUUGUGGAGCAGGAGAACCACCUCCUGGCUGCCCGCAAAGCCUUCGAUGCCUUCUUUUCCCAUUAUCCCUAUUGCUACGGCUACUGGAAGAAGUACGCGGACAUGGAGCGGCGCUUCGAGUGCGCCCGCGAGACCGAGGAGGUGUUUGAGAGGGGUCUUCAGUCCAUCCCCCUCAGCAUGGACCUAUGGAUCCACUACAUCUCCUACCUCCAAUCCACCCUGGAUAUGAACCGUCCCGAAUCCAUCCAGAAGAUCCGUGGCGUCUUCGAGGCAGCGGUGGCAGCAGCCGGGAUGGAUUUCCGCUCGGAUAAACUCUGGGAACUCUACGUGGAAUGGGAACGGGAACAAGGAGACCUUCGUGCCGUCACUGGGAUCUACGACCGUGUCCUCUCCAUGCCAACCCAGCUCUACAACCAUCACUGGGAGAAGUUCAAGGAACACGUUCUCCACAACCCCCCCAAGGACAUCCUAUCCCCAGAGGAGCUCCUCUGGGUCCAAUCCAAGCUGGCCACCGAUCCCGUGCCGAAGCCUCCGGAGCCGGAAGGGACGGAAGCGCCGCCGGGAGAGGAUUUACCACCUGGUGUGGAGGGGAAAGGGGCAGCGGCAGCGAACGCUCAGGACGAUCUAGACCAGGAAAAGAUCCGGGAGCUGGUGAUUUCCAUGCGGCAGCAAAUCUACGCUCAGAACGAGGCGGAAGUCAGCAAACGCUGGAAUUUCGAGGACGGGAUCAAGCGUCCCUAUUUCCACGUGAAGCCCUUGGAGAGGGCCCAGCUGCGGAACUGGCGGGAUUACCUGGAUUACGAGAUGGCAGCGGGCUCCCACGAGCGCACCAUCGUCCUCUUCGAGCGCUGCGUCAUCGCCUGCGCCCUCUACGAGGAGUUCUGGAUCAAGUACACCAAAUACCUGGAAAACCACACGGUGACGGGAGCCCGGAGCGUCUUCCAGCGGGCCUGUGGCUAUCACCUGCCCAGGAAGCCCAACAUCCACCUCCUGUGGGCUGCCUUUGAGGAGAAACAAGGGAACGUGGAGGAAGCUCGGCGCAUCCUGCGCUGCUUCGAGGAGACGGUGCCGGGCCUGGCCAUGGUGCGGCUGCGGCGCGUGAGCCUGGAGCGGCGGCACGGGCAGCUGGAGCGCGCCGAGGCCCUGCUCACCGAGGCCAUGGAAGCCAACGCCGGGCUGCCCCUCGCUUCCUUCUACGCCGUCAAACUGGCGCGCCAGGCCUGCAAGGUGCAGCAGAACCUGGCCAAGGCCCGCAGGGUGCUGGUGGAGGCGCUGGAGAAGGAGCCGGACAACGCUCGGCUCCACGCCAACCUCCUGGAGAUGGAGUUUGGGGCCGAUGUGGGGCAGAACGAAGGCAACACCAUGCGAUGCUUCGAGCGGGCGCUGCGCAGCCCCCUCCCCGACGAGGCCAAGCUCAUCUUCUCCCAGCGCCGCGUCGAGUUCCUCGAGGACUUCGGCUCCAGCAUCCAUAGCCUCCUCACGGCCUACGAUGAGCACCAGAAGAUCCUCAAGCAGCACGCGGCACGCAAGAGGGCCCCCGAGAAUGGCUCGGAGGAGCCCGAGGACAAGCGGCUCCGGCCCGACGAUGGCUCCGGCAUGGGGGGAGGCCCGGUCGGGUUCUCUUCUAUGGGGGGGGACAACACCUCCAGCCCCUCCUACAGCUACUGGUACCAGCAAGGAUACGGCUCCUACAGCUACCAGUCCCCAUGGAACUACAACCAGUACUACCCCCAGACCUGAACCGGAGCGCAGCCCCCCCGAACAUCACCCCCACCCCCCUUUUGUACCCUCCCAACCCCCCUUUUCUGUACAUUUUUGGGGUCCCCCCCUAAUUUUGGGGGGGGAAGUGUAAAUAAAUGAAGUGGCACCACCA